AUGCAUCUUCUUGUUCUAGCAAAAGUAAAACUAUUAGGGUUAUCUAAGUUGCAUCGAUUUACUACUACACCACUUCUAGCCACCUUGAUAUGGCCCUUCUUCUUGAAAGUUAUGUUGAGUUUGAGACCAAUCCAAGACAUUGUCCGGACCAUGGUUCAUGAUUCAAGACUUUUCAUCUUUCAGCUGAACAGAAUCAUCACUUUACAAGAUGAUAAUGAAGGAGAAAGAAGAUGGGGUCGAUUUCGUCGACUGGUUUAUGACAGGUUGGUUGAUGUUGGGAGAAUCAAAAUGGAGUCAUGCCAUUUACGAGAGGCGAUAGAAUUGAUAGAACUGAAGUAUCUAAAAUUGAGAUUCAAAGAAUCUUACUACCUUUCCAAUGAGAUUUCUCCAUUACACGAUGGACAAUAUAUCGUUCAGUUUCAAACCCUUCUAAACAACGGCGAUUUAAAUAUGUUCCGAAAGAUUGUCAAAGAAGAGCAAAUCGGGUCGACUCAUCCUGAAAUUCUAGUGAAUGAAUUUUAUAAAGGAGAUAUCGUGGAUGCAAACCAUAUGGAUGGGUGA